UCAUAAAGAAAUUAAAAAAAAUCGUUCAAUUCGCGGGGAAAAGUAAGAAAAAAAAACGAGAGUGAACGAGAGAGAAAGAGAAAGAAAGAGAAAAUUUAAAUUCCUUUUUUGUGCAACUAAAUUGAGAGGCUGUAUGUGAGGUGUGUACCAAAGCUGUAUAUGGGCGUUGAGAAAACGUGUUACCACACAUAAUGCCUGCAUAUGGAAGUGAUUGUAGCUUGUAAUAAUUUAAAAAAAUGAUCUAUGAAUCGCCAAGCUGAUGAAGCGAUUUUAUGGCCUCACGGCCCUGGUGGCCUCGCUGAUUAUUCUUGCAAACGGUUUUACUCAACAACCUAUAACUUAUUCGACUUCCUCGCCAAAUUCCCCAGCCACUGUUGGAAAUUCACUCGAGCGAAAAAGCAUCGGCGAAAGAAGAGCAGAAACUUCCAUCGUCGUCGAAAACCGAAAAUCUCCUUCAAUCCUCCAUAAAGAUGAACAGAAAAUGAUAAAUCGAAAAUCCUCUAAAACAACUUUCAUCACUCGAGAAACUAAAUUCACCACUCCACUAACAACACAAGUUCCAACAACUCAAUUAUUAUUAAUUAAUGUUUAUUCAGUUACAAAUGCUCAAAGUGCAAAUUUAACCACAAAACAAAAUUCAAGUGAAAUUUUCCCCAAAUUAUCAAAAACUAAAUUAACCAUCACACUCGAUGAGCAUCAAAGUCAAAAAGAGAUUAAUGAAUCAAAUAGUCGCGAAAUUUCUAAUUUUAUUAUCACAUCGAAGGCAAAUUACACUAAUGUUCAUUUAACCAAUUCGAAAACAAACUUUCUCCAACUACUUCCGCAAAGCAAUAAAAUUACCAAGAAAUUCUCCAACAAUUUUAAUCAAACCCCAUUACUUGAAAUUAUUGCCAAAAAAGAUAAUUCCGAAAAACAAAAUAACUCCAAACAAAUAAAAAUUGAUCAAAUUAAAAAUGUAAAUAUUUUCAAUUCAUCAAAUUAUCGGACAUUUCAAGAAUCAAAUACCAAUAGUUUCUUAACCGAUGAUUAUAGUAUCAAUUCACAAAGAGCUCAAUUCACAGCCAAAUUAAAUCAAUCUCUAUUUACCAUUAAGAACUUUUCCCAAUCAAAGUUUCCAACUCGGAAAGUUUCAUCAAAUAGUCACCAGACAACAGUGAAUUCUGUAUUAAAUAAGCAAAUUAAAAGUGAUAAAACUUUUUCCCAGAUAGUAAAUCGAAAUAGUGAAAUUCAAGUCAAUAAAGAUUCAACGACUCGAGAAGUUUCAAAUUUAUUCCACGAGGCAAGUGAAUUUCAAUCCGAAAUUGGUUCACCGACACGUAAAGUGAAUUUAUUCCAAAAAGUUAAAGACAAUUUCAAAUCUGAAAUAAGAGCUCUAGAAUCAAAAAAUCCAUUAUUAAAAUCAUUACCACUCGAGAAAAAUUCGACAGACAGUCAAAAAACAUUUCACAAUAGUAACAACAACAACAACAACAACAACAACAACAAUAAUAAUAAUAAUAACAUCAAUAAUAAUAACAACAACAAUAAUAAUAAUAACAAAAAUACGAGUAAAUUAAAAAAAAAUUCACCCGAAACAUUAAGAAAACAUAAAAGAAAAAGUUCCAAAUUCCAACGAAAAAUGCGAAUAACUUUAUUUAAAUUAACAAAAAGACGAGUAAAAAAUUUCAUUCCCGAACAAAAGAAAAAUAGAAACAAUAAAAGUAAGAUGGAAAUUCUAAACGAAUCAUUAACUGUACAACUUGAACCAACGAUAAUGAAUAAAAUAAAGGACAAUACAAACGACAACGAAGAAGAGAAAGACGACACUUCGAAUGAUAUUUCAAGAAUAAUGAAUAAAGGACCAAAGGGUAAAUUAAAUUAUUCCCAUGGAAAGACGAAGAGAGGUCAAGUAGUCAAGAGUCCUUUAACGUCAACCAAUAACGUAACUUUUCAUUCAUUAGAAAAUCAAAUUCCCCCCAAAAAUUCAAAAAACUUAUUCACUCAAACUUCUCUACUAAACAAUAAAUCGCAAAAUUUUCCCACCGAUUUUCAUAAAAUACCCAACUUUUCCCCUUUAUCUUCAAAUUCCAGUGACUAUUCCAAAAGUGAAAAAUCACAAGAGAUAAAUUCUAAUUCAAAUUUUAUUGCCAGUGAGAUAAGAAAUCCCCUCGAUAAAACAACAAUUCUCUCAAAUAUUCACGAUUCUAUAAAACCAUCAACCAUUCCAUCAUUAAAAAUUACCACCACCCCCUUUUUUGAUAUUCCCCAAAAAUUAUCAAAUCAAAAAAAUGAAGAGAAAAAUUCCACCUUGAAAGGAGAUAAUAAUAAUGAAAGUUUGAAUUUGAGUAAAAGUUUCGAUAAAAUUGCCGCAUUAAAUUCGAGUCUUAUCUUGUUGAAAAUGAAUCCAAAUGAGAAUUAUUUUAAUCUGAGUUUAAUUAGAGAGGUAGAUGAGGAUGAAAAUGGAGAAAAUUUUACGAAAAUUGCCACGCCCGUGAAUUUGUGGCCAGUGAAGCAUAGUGCAGUGGUGGAGGGUGAUCUUGUUCUGGGCGGUUUGAUGAUGGUCCAUGAAAGAGAGGAUACAAUUACAUGUGGACCAGUAAUGCCACAAGGUGGAGUUCAAGCUCUAGAAGCUAUGCUCUACACACUCGAUCGACUUAACCAAGAAGAAAUUGUGCCUGGCGUAAAAAUUGGUGCACACAUUCUCGAUGAUUGUGACAAGGACACGUAUGGACUCGAGAUGGCUGUGGAUUUCAUUAAAGGAUCAAUAAGCAAUAUCGAUGGAGCUGAAUACCACUGCAAUAAAACUACAGUUCGAAAAGUCAUUAGUGGAGUCGUAGGAGCUGCCAGUUCUGUCACAUCGAUUCAAGUUGCCAAUCUUCUCCGACUAUUUCGAAUUCCCCAGGUGUCCUUUUUCUCAACCAGUCCUGAACUAUCAAAUAAACAGCGUUUUGAAUAUUUUACAAGGACAAUACCAAGUGAUCAUUAUCAAGUGAAAGCCAUGGUGGAUAUCGUGAGAAAAAUGAAUUGGAGUUAUGUAUCUAUUAUUUACGAAGAGAGCAACUACGGAAUUAAGGCUUUCGAGGAACUAGAAGAUCUGUUGGCGAAAUAUCAAAUUUGCAUUGCUGUUAAAGAAAAACUAGUGAAAGAUUCAGGAGUAGCAGAGGAAACAGCUUAUGACAACAUUGUACAAAAAUUAUUAACUAAACCACGAGCAAGAGGUUGUAUAAUUUUUGGCUCAGACCAAGAAGUUGCUGGGGUAAUGAGAGCAGUGAGACGUUGUAAUGCCACUGGAGCAUUUUCUUGGAUUGGGAGUGACGGGUGGAGCGCUCGAGGGCUCGUAAGCAAUGGAAAUGAAGCCGAAGUUGAAGGUACACUAUCAGUACAGCCCCAAGCAAACCCCGUUCAAGGUUUUGAAGAAUACUUUCUAAACUUGACUGUUGAAAACAACAAGAGAAAUCCAUGGUUUGUUGAAUUCUGGGAAGAUCAUUUUCAAUGCCGUUAUCCAAAUGCAUCUCUAACACCGUACAAUGAAAAAUAUACUGAACCAUGUACAACGCAAGAACGGCUUACAAAGCAAAAUACAGCAUUUGAAGAUCAGCUUCAAUUUGUUUCUGAUGCAGUUAUGGCUUUCGCCUAUGCCUUUCGAAAUAUGCACAAGAAACUUUGUCAUGGCAAGAAAGGACUUUGCGAUGCUAUGAGACCCACAAAAGGCACCGAGCUCCUACAAUAUUUAAGAAAUGUAGAAUUUGAAGGUUUAAGUGGAGAUGAAUUUAAAUUUGAUUCAAAUGGGGAUGGACCAGCAAGAUACAAUAUAAUACAUUUUAAACAAAUUUCUCCAGGAGUGUACAAUUGGAUUAGGGUUGGAAAAUAUCUCGAUGGCAAAUUGUUGCUCAACAUGUCCGAGGUGCAAUUUAAACUUGGACAUCCUCAACCACCAGAAAGUGUAUGUUCAUUACCCUGUGAAGAUGGACAGGCAAAGAAAUACGUUGAGGGAGAAAGAUGCUGCUGGCAUUGUUUCAAUUGUACCCAAUAUCAGAUACGAGAUCCAGUAGAUGAAACACAAUGCGUUAUGUGCCCUCAAGGCACAGUUCCUGAUGAAACUCAUUCCUAUUGUCGUGACAUACCGGAAGAAUUUUUAAGACCCGAAAGUGCUUGGGCCAUUGGCGCCAUGUCAUUCUCUACUACAGGAAUAUUGAUGACACUAUUUGUUGUUGGUGUAUUUCUCAAAUUCAACGACACGCCAGUUGUUCGUGCUUCCGGUAGAGAAUUAUCCUACAUUCUCUUGUCAGGAAUUUUAUUAUGCUACCUAGUAACCUUCACUCUAAUCCUACGACCAUCCAACAUUGUUUGCGGAAUCCAACGAUUUACAGCUGGAUUUUGCUUCACUGUCGUGUACGCAGCUUUACUAACAAAAACAAACAGAAUAUCAAGAAUAUUCAAUGUGAAUAAGCACAGCGCAAAGCGACCAUCAUUUAUAUCACCAAAAUCACAAUUAAUAAUAUGCUCGGGUCUUGUAAGUGUGCAAAUUCUUAUUAAUGGAGUUUGGAUGAUUAUUGAUCCAGCAAAAGCAAUGCAUCAUUAUCCAACGAGAGAAGACAAUUUACUAGUUUGUAAUAGUUACAUUGACGCGAGCUACAUGAUUGCAUUUACCUAUCCCAUUAUACUUAUUGUUAUUUGUACGGUAUACGCUGUUCUCACCAGGAAAAUACCGGAGGCAUUUAACGAGAGUAAACACAUCGGUUUUACGAUGUAUACCACAUGUGUGAUAUGGCUAGCGUUUGUCCCUCUAUAUUUUGGUACCGGAAAUCACGUGGCUCUAAGGAUUACUUCAAUGUCGAUAACAAUCAGCCUUUCGGCUUCCGUGACUAUAGCUUGCCUCUUCAGUCCAAAGCUGUAUAUUAUUUUAAUACGACCAGAGAGGAAUGUGAGACAGAGUAUGAUGCCAAAUCGACAUAAUACAACAAAAAGUUCAGGACUCACUAACGCAUCAAAUUUAAUGGCACCUGUCACUUUGACAGCAGUUACCUGUGAUCAAAGUAAAGCUGUCAAAAGGCAUGUCACUACAACCACAGAUUGUUCCACUCAAAGUGAAAACUACGAAAUGGAAACAACAAAUAAAAAGAAUGGAAAACCACCGCCAUCAUUGAUAUCGCGUUCAACUCAAACGUUAGCAAACCACAACGAGAGUGAUACAAAUUCAAUAACAUCAGUGAUAUCAAAGGAAGCGAAUAAAAAUUCUAAAGAUAAUUCCGUAACUACAAAGGAAUUGAAUACAAGGAUAGGAAAUGGACCUGUAAGCCAAAAUGACGUUUCUUUAUAGCAGGAAUACGCUUCGGAAGAUAUCUCGUUGAUAGAAGCAAAUCUAACGCCAAUAUCUAAGGAACCAGUGAUCGUAUAGAAAUAUUCAAAUCGACAUAAUAUUAUGUAGAAUUUAAGAAUUAAGGUGCGUACUAUUCAUCGUUUCUUUCGAAAACUGCAAAUUUUAUUUGUUUCAUCUAAAAGUGUAACUUUAAUUUGUUUCUUCUAAAAAGUGCAACUUUAAUUUAUUUCUUCUAAAAAAAAAUGCAAGUUUAUAAUUUUUUUCUUCUAAAAAUGUGCAAGUUCAAUUUGUUUCUUCUAAAAUAUUCAUUUCAAUCUAUUUCUUUUUA